AUGGGAUCGGUUCCUACUCUGGCCGAGAGCACUCUGGUGCAGCCAAGCAUCCCGCUGGUGCCGGGCAUUGUUGAUGUCACACCGCUUGAUCAGUAUAUGGUUAGGGUCAUUCUGCCUAUGAUGAUCUUCUUCAAGGUCGACGAGCCUUCACUUCGACCCAUAAUUCUGCGCAACCUGAAGAAGGCUCUGUCGCUGGCCAUUGACGAGUUGAAGAUUCUGGCCGCCGAAAUCGUUCCAAAGGACCCCGUCCGCAACACAAUCCAGCUGGAAUACCGCAAGGACUCGGGCGUCUGGUUCCACGUCAAGGAGCUGCCAGAUGUCGACUAUGAAGACUUGGCUGGGCGCAACUUUCCCUUUGCUGCAUUGCCGGCGUCCCAGUAUGCCUCGCAGCCGCUGGGGCACUCUGAUCGAGCCCCCGUCAUGACCUUGCAGGCGACCUUGAUCAAGGGCGGCCUGGUCCUGACGUUUGGCGGCCACCAUGUGGUCAUGGACGCCCAGGGUAUGGGCACAUUUGUCGAGGUCUGGGCCAAGCAUGUGGCCGCAGUGUCUACGGGAGUCGUCGUCCACCGCAACCAGUGGCUUACCAACGAGCAUUUGGAUGCGUUUCAGCUCUACAGCCCGGGCAUGGACCGCCCACUCUCAGAGUUCCCACUAUAUCAUCCCGCCAAAGAGGGAUCAUACGAGAAGCUGCAGGCGGACCUGCAAGUCAAGGUUCUGCAAAAGGCAACCUCAGGCGACCACGAAGGAAUCGCCAAGCUCAUCCGCGUAUCUCACUGGGCCAUGACCCAGGAGAAAAUGGACGAACUCUGCGAUGUAACGCUGCCAAAGACAAAGGAGGAAUCAUCCGUGACGUCCCAUGCGACGCUAUCCGCGCUUAUCUGGAAACAGGUGAGCAAGGCUCGACGACUUACAGAGAAGCAAGUCGCCUCGAGCUCGCUUCUAACCUCGGUGAACCUGAGGAGGCGCGUGGAGCCGCCGCUGGCACCCGAGUAUCCAGGAAACGCCAUUGCCCUCGCUCGAGCUAAUGCAACUACUGCAGAGCUAGAGACUCCUGGUGUGGAACUGGUCCAUGAACUUGCGAAGAAGGUUUCGGCUUCCAUUGAGGAGUGGACCGCAGACGAGCUCUGGUCUCUGACUGGGGCGCUGCAAACACAUCCCGGCGACAUCUCCAACAAGCUGCUCCCAUCGCUCAACUCAGACGUGCUAGUCACUGCACCCUCUCGGCUUGGAGAGAUGCUCAAGGCGGCAAACUGGGGGCCCGAGCUUGGAGACAUCAAGGCCCUUCGAUGGGCCUUCCCGGCCUUCAUGGACGGGUUUGUGAUUGUUCUACCCUCGAUCCAUGGGGGCAUCGAGAUCAUGCUUUGGACGGCACCGGAGACUACUCGGCGGCUGACGGAAGACCCGGACUGGACAAAAUGGGUAACGCAGUUGGAGUAG